UUCUAUGAUUGAUCAAACACUCUCUUUAAGCUAUGAAAGGUAGAAGUACUUGAGCCUUGACCCCCUCUCUCUCUCAAUCUCGAUCUCCAUACCUUAACUUGUGUAUUUUUUUCAUCUUCCCCAAACAAACCUUAAUCAUGAACUCCACUCUUCUUCACUAGUGUGUUUCUUUUCUUUCUUAGCUAAAACUAAGAACACAGUAAGAAUUGAAAGAGGUGCAAAAAGGACAGAUUAAAAAACGUUUGAUAUGAUGGAUUCAGCAAACGUUGUUCCCUUCAUCGGCACAAACUCAACGAUGAUGAUGAUGAUUCCCUCCUCCGCCACGUCAUCUCCGGCUACGGCCCCGCCGCCGCCGGCAACCUUAAGCCGAUACGAGAACCAGAAGCGGCGGGACUGGAACACGUUCGGGCAGUACCUCCGCAACCACCGGCCGCCGCUCUCACUCUCGCGCUGCAGUGGAGCCCACGUCCUAGAAUUCCUCCGCUACCUCGACCAGUUCGGAAAGACUAAGGUUCACACCAUCCUGUGCCCCUUCUUUGGCCACCCGAACCCGCCGGCUCCCUGCCCCUGCCCGCUCCGGCAAGCCUGGGGCAGCCUGGACGCCCUCAUCGGCCGCCUCCGCGCCGCGUACGAGGAAAAUGGAGGGAAGCCGGAAGCCAACCCCUUCGGCUCCCGAGCCGUUCGCCUUUACCUCCGCGAAGUCCGGGACACCCAGUCCAAGGCUCGGGGAAUAAGCUACGAGAAGAAGAAGCGGAAGAAGCCACCGCCGCCGCCACCUCAGCAGCCGUCGCCGCCGCAAACACCACCAGAUCUAAGGUAGAAUUUAUUGUUAUCACAAUAAGCUGUGCGAUUAUAUUUGAACUUGUCUCUUUAGUAGUAGCAGUUGUAAUAGUUAAUGUGACAUUUUCAAAUUCUGUAUUCCAAAUUAUCAUAUCAUUUUGGCUACAAACCCUACCUAGUAGAUUUGCAGAUCA